UAUUCCGUCGACGCCGUCGUGUACCGUGGUCACUAGUGACACGUGCACUCUAUUCUUGCACGUUCACAUCACUAGCAGAGGUUCAGAAUCUGUGUGGAAGAAGGUCCCAGCUGACAUCUUUACUGAGCUGGGCCUUCCCCGUUAGCUCCAUUCGAGAAUCUCACCUUUGUACUUUGGCCAGACCUGCGCAGCCCUGCCUUCUAGUUGUUCCCCGGCGCUCCCUUCUGAACAUCAACACUGUCCUGCCAGGAAGAUCCCGCUCCUGCACACGGAAGUCCGCUCCCACAUCCCGAGUGUAAGGACGUGCCGCGGAAGAAACGCAAACACCACAGGAAAGACAAGAUGGACGACAAAGGGAAACAUAAGCGAAAGUCGCCUUCGGCGAAAGCGAAGGAGCCUCAGGGCUCCAAGGAAGACGCUAGUCCUCAAAGCCCAACUAAUGUCAGCUCCAGCACAGGACAGGAAGCAGUGCAUCCUGAUUCCACUGGCAGUUCUUCGGGUGGGGGUGCUUCCGGUAAUGUGACCGAAAGCAAGCCCGUGGACGUCCUUGUUUCUGAUGUUGAGGUGCUCAAACCAUCUCAAAGCAACGCAAUGACCGACGCGGAGGCGCCAAACGUCCGCUCGCCUAAAGAUGAACCGUCGAAGCCGAGUGCAGGACCUGCAAGUACAACAUCAACUCCCGUACAAGGUACUGCUAUAGACCCAUCUUUAAAGCCUGCGGUUGCACCAGGACCUGCCACAGCACCUGCACGCGCUCCUUCCGAUCCCGUGCCUGUGGAUCCUGCUGGAGCGGUGACUGGUCGCUGGGAGGCGCGAGGAUCAGACGUCGUACCUUUUACCAGGUCUGCUUACUCGGCGAAGCAAGAUCAGGAACCAUAUCUGGAGCCGACGACGAUGCCGACGACGAUGCGAAAGACGACACCGGCAACGUCGUCCAUGCUAGUACCGACCGAGACGACAUUGCUCCUGGAUGUAAACCCGUAUGUGCGCUUACCGCUCGUCCUUCUCAACAUGUUCAUCUGGUUUCUCGGGAUUUCCAUCAUCCUGGUGGGCCUCUAUGCCUACUUUGAAACCGGAGGCGACGCGCGUUAUUCGAACACUCGAACCUUGUACAGUUGGAUCCUGGUGCGGCUAGAGGUAGCAGUGAUGGCAGUCGGAGCGACGAUGGUGUCAUUGUCCUUGUGCGGGUGUUUGGGGGCGCUGCGUGAGAAUACUUGCCUGCUCACCACCUAUUCCUACUUCAUCACGGCUCUGCUGCUUAUCAAUCUUCUCAUCGGCUUGCUUGUCUUCUUCCUACCGUCGCAGUUUAAGCGCUUUCUGAGGCACACGCUCACCAAGAACCUCGUCGUCCAUUAUCGUGACAGCGCGGACCUUCAGGAAAUAAUCGAUUCUGUGCAGACAGACCUUCAGUGCUGCGGUGUGACUCAGCGCUCGUUUCGCGACUGGAACGACAACAUCUACUUCAACUGCAGCCAUAGCAAUCCAAGCUACGAACGAUGUUCCGUGCCACAUUCAUGCUGUCGACGAAAUGAAAGCGAUCCUGAAGCCAGUUUGUUCUGCGGGCGCGGGGUCCUCAACAAAACCGACUUUGAUGCCUGGUAUACGGUGUACACGAACAACUGUGUGGAUGCUGCGCACAGCUAUGUCCGGCAGCACGUGACCCUGAUCACCGGGAUGUGCCUGGUGGUGGUAAUCCUGCUGGCCUUUGUGCAGAUGGUUACCCAGGCAGUCAUAGACGAGAUCGUGAUCAUCAGAAAGAUCUACGACAAAUUCUACGACAGAGUCCACGAUAUCCGCGUGGCACAAGGCCUGUCGACCGAAUCACCGCCCACACCUGUCCCUAAACGCCACUGAUUCCAAUUAUAUACAUUAUAUGUUAUAUUAAUAUAAUGUCAAUAUGCGUUAUGCAUUCUUAUGGCGUCCCUGUAAUAAAGGUUCGCUCUAUGAU